AUGCCUGGCGUUCCGUCAGGACGCGCAUGUGAAAACUGUCGCCGACGACGUCAAAAGUUCAAGUGCGACUAUGCCAAGCCCACAUGCUCACGAUGCGCGCACCUCGGAGUCGAGUGCAUUGGCUCCGGCCAGCGACGCUUCGUCUUCAUAGACCAAAAAUGUGCCAGACGUCGAGUGCUGGGUCGCAAGAGUGUUGCUUCGGUUGCAUCUACCACGUCUUCCUCCCUCCAGUCACUCUCUGCUUGUUCUGGUAAUGAUGCAGAUGUUCUCAUCAAUAGCUUCGUGGAGAUGAUUAGGCCGUCCACGGCCCGUAGAUUCAACCUGGCGUGGACUUACGGCACUUUUCUCGAAAAGGUUCCGCAAAGGCUAGGGUCUAAUGAAGCACUCGACGUAGCUGCCAAUGCGUUGGUGGCUUCUCAUCGUGACUUUGCCACACGUCGUCCUGUUACGCUCGACAGCCUAGCAAAAUACUCGAAUGCCAUAAAAGCACUGACCCAAAGCCUUGACGACCCUAUGGAGUCUCGCUCUCUAGAGACUAUUUGUGCCGUCAUUCUGCUGACAAUGUGCCAAAAUCUCGGUGGCCUCGGCCUUCAGCAUCUGAACAGCCACUGCCAAGGCGCCGUUCAGAUGUUGCACCUAAGGCAAACGUCUUCUCCAAUCGCAGAGUUCGAAUUGGACCUGCACACAUACCUACAAGACCCCGUAUUGGUACAAUCUCUCUUCAACAGAUCGAUGCGACUUGCACCCUCAAAGUUUGAAGCACUAUCACGAGUCCUCGCAAUAAAUGAGGAUCUGCCUGGUUCCGCCAUUCUGAUACUUCUGUUUCGAAUACCUUCGCUAAUGCGACACGGAAGAGCUGUCCUGCAUGGUUGCGCGAACCGCGAUGCAUUCAUGGCCGAGCUCUCCUCGACAUUCAUCACUUUGCGUAAGGCGGCGUCGCUUGUAUACUCCAAAUACAUGAUGGGUCCGAGCACGGAGAGCAAACACACUGGCCCAUAUGGGUUUUGCCUGGCGUUCAGCUGCAUAUUCAACUGCAUGCUGCGGGGCGUGGAGCCGAACAACCACCAACUGCUUCAGGAAGCGGCAAAAUUGGUCUAG